AUAACCAAAUAUUAAAAAAAAAAGCACUACUAGUUAACAUUUAAUAAGUGCUUAGUAUGCACCAGACACUGAAUUAUGUGAAUUAACUCAUUUAAUUCUCACAAGAAUUCUUUUGAGGUGGCUAAUGCUGUUACCUUCAUUUUAGAGAUGAGAAAACUAAGGCACAGAGCAGUUAAGUAACUUCCUCAAGAUCACAUAGCUAGUAAGCGGUGGAGCCAAGAUUCAGACCCAGGCACUAUGGCAUUAGAGCCUGCACUCCACCAGUAAACCACACUGCCUUACAGUCUCAAGUUGAAUAGUCUCGAGUUUCAGUUAGGUUUAGUCUAUGCACUGAUGCAAAUAACUGAUGCAAAGGAGAAGAAAAGGCAGAGCAGGGGAGGGAAGGCUAAACACUGAUCUAAGUGCUUUACAUACAUUAAUUUAUUUAAUCUUCGUAACCUAUGAGGUUGGUUCAGCCUGUGAAAUAAGAACUGUUGUUAUUGUAUGGGAGAGGAAUUGAGACACAGAAUGAUUAAAUAAUUUGUCAAUUGAUUACACAGCUACUAAGUGAUAAAGCCAAUACAUGAAUGUUCUCUAUUGUACUGUACUGGAGAGAUACAAAGACCCAAAAUAUGUGCAUCUACUUUAUUAAAAAAAUGUUUUAAUAUUUAUUUUGAGAGAGAGAGAGAAAGAGCAAGCAUGAGCAGGGGAGGGUUGGAGAGAAAGGGAGAGAGAGAAUACCAAGCAGGUUCCGCGCUGUCAGUGCAAAGCCUGACACGGGGCUCAAACUCAUGAACUGUGAGAUAAUGAUCUGAGCCGAAAUUAAGAGUUGGACACUUAACCAACUGAGCCACCCAGGCGCCCCUGUGCAUCUACUUUAUACACACACAUACUUGCACAGAAACUCACACUUCUGCACCUACAAAAUUAUAAUUGACCCUAAACAAUGCUGGGAUGGGGGCUUAGGGAUGCUGACCACCUGCUUAGUCAAAAUCUGCAUAUAACUUUUGACUCCCCAAAAACUUAACUACUAAUAAUCUACUGUUGACUGGAAGCCUCACUGAUAACAUAAACAGUCCAUUAACAUAUUUUGUAUGUUAUAUGUAUUGCAUAUUGUAUUCUUACAGCAAAGUAAGCUAGAGAAAAAAUAUUAGGAAAGUUAUAAGGAAGAGAAAAUACAUUUAUAGUACUGUACUGUAAAAAAUCUGCAUUAUAAGUGUACCUGUGCAAUCCAAACCCCUGUUUUUCAAGGGUCAACUGUAUAGUGCUUGCUUUUGCUAGAACAGACCCUACAGCUUAAUGACUUUGAGGCUUACACAUUCUGUAGAAUAGGGUUGCCAGAUUUAGCAAAUAAAAAUAAGGAUGCCCAGUUCAAUUUGAAUUUCGGGUAAAUUGUAAGUAAUUUUAAAUAUGGCCCAUUCAAUAUUUGAGACAUAUUAAAAACAUGUUGCUUAUCUGAAAUUCAAAUUGAACUAGGCAUCCUGUAUAUUAUCAAGCAACCUUACCCAGGAGAAAAAUUUAUGUUAGUUUCUCAAGUUCUUUUUUUCUUUUUUUAAUUUUUUAAUGUUUAUUUAUUGUUGACAGAGAGAGAGAGAGAGAGAGAAACAGAACGUGAGCAGGGGAGAGGCAGAGACAGGGAGAAUCCGAAGCAGGCUCCAGGCUCUGACGUGUCAGCACAGAGCCCCACCCUGGGCUGGAACUCAGACUGGGAGAUGGUGAGCUGAGCUGAAGUCCCCAGCUUUACAGACAGCCACCCAGGCGCCCCAGUUUUUCAAGUUCUAAAUCAAAUGACUGUUCCUAGAUGAAGUCUUAAGUGACUUUGGGGGGUAUGUUGUUUUUUCUCUUUUAUACUUUUAUAUCCCAACAACGUAUUCUAUCCAUGUAAGGUGCUUUAUUUUUCCCAUUCAGACUUCUAUGGGGAAACUGUUUUAUGUUCAUCUGAAUUCCCAAUCAUGAAGAAGUUGAAUGAUUGAAAUGGUUAUUAAAUGGUUAUUGAGUAAACAGUUACUGAGAAUCACUGGGUGUAAGGAAAGAAGGGGAACUAGCAUUUGUGAAUGGUCUUUGUAUGAUAAAUAUGGUGCUCACUGCUUUGCAAUGUUUAAUGCUCAUUAGGGCCCUAUUAUAAACGGUUGGGCAGUCUUUGGCAGAUCACAUUCUCUUGAGGCUUAUUUGACAUAAAUAACUGAUGUCAUUCUUAUUUCCAUCUUUUUUCUGAGAGCAGAUCCUGGGUUUAGUUGGGGUAGAUCUCAUGUUUCCACAGCAACAAUAAGUCCUUUAAGAGUAGAGAGGGACAGGAAGUGCACUUUGCCCUUCCGGUUUGCGCCGGAGAGUUCAGCAACCCGGAAGUGACGCUACCCGGUUGCACAUGGCCGCGUCCCGUAAGGAUGCCGCUCGUAGUGUUUUGCGGGCUGCCAUACAGCGGCAAGAGCCGGCGGGCGGAGGAGCUCCGUGGGGCGUUAGCGGCCGAGGGCCGCGCGGUGUACGUAGUGGAUGACGCGUUGGUGCUGGGUACGGAGGACGCGACGGUGUAUGCCGAUUCGGCCCGUGAGAAGGCGUUGCGCGGGGCCUUGCGAGCCGCAGUGGAGAGGCGCCUCAGUCGCCACGAUGUAGUCAUCCUCGACUCGCUUAACUACAUCAAGGGCUUCCGCUACGAGCUCUACUGCCUGGCGCGGGCGGCGCGCACUCCGCUCUGUCUGGUGUAUUGCGUACGGCCGGGCGGUCUGAGUGGGGGACCUCGGGUGGCUGAUGCGGUGGACCACCGAGGCCUGAACCUCAGUGUGAGUUGGAGGCCGCGCACUGAGGAAAGAGGGAGACCUCUGGCGGUGGGCACCCCUGUCCUCAGGGAACCACAGGCAGUGGACUCUGUAGCAAGCGGGAGAACCCAAGCAGUUGUACCUAAGGAACUGGAGCCAGAGGAAACCGGGGUGCCAGAUCUUCCAGCUCCUGUGACUUCAGAAUUUGAUACAUGUGAAAAGCGUAUGGUCAGUACCUUUUACUCUCCUGAACUUAUGGAGGCACUGACGCUGCGCUUUGAGGCUCCCGACUCUCGGAACCGCUGGGACCGGCCCCUGUUCACCUUGGUGGGCUUAGAGGAGCCAUUACCCCUGGCAGAGAUACGGGCUGCCUUGUUUGAGAACCAGGCUCCCCCACCGCAUCAGUCUACACAGUCCCAGCCCCUUGCCUCCGGCAGCUUUCUGCACCAGUUGGAUCAGGUCACCAGCCAGGUGUUGGCAGGACUGAUGGAAGCUCAGAAGCGCGCGGUCCCUGGAGACUUGCUUAAGCUUCCUGGCACCACGGAGCACCUGCAGUUUACCCGGCCUUUGACCAUGGCAGAACUGAGUCGCCUCCGACGCCAGUUUAUUUCCUACACCAAAAUGCAUCCCAACAAUGAGAACCUGCCUCAGCUGGCCAACAUGUUUCUGCAGUAUCUGAGCCAGAGCCUGCACUAAACAGAGGAGGUGUGGGGGGAAAGCCCUGGCUCCUUGUCUAACCUCCACUGCUCUCUGUGUUUCUUGAUAAAGUAACCUGAAGGUCUACAGAGCAUGUUGAUGUGUCGUACUACAGCUGUUGUGACUGAUUUUACUCACAUUUUCCUCUGAGUGCCUCUGUUGUGACAGGCCUUGAGUUACAGCAUAAAUUGAGACUAGAGAAAAUGGAGAACUGGCUUGGAGGAUCUUGGCAAUUUUCUCCAGGACAGAGCUCAGGUGGACAGGAUUUGUUUAGAUUGGGUUCUACCUGUGGUGUCACACGCCCAGGAUUUCCCCCAUCUGAAUUGUAGGAGAGCAGACUGGAUGGAUGAAUUUUUUUUUAAACAAUUGUGAGUGGAAACUGAAGAUGAGACAGUUCUGCAUCUGCACUGGCCUUUCUUUCAUACCACAGUUUUUAAAGUACUGUGUCUACUUUUUGCUAGUCUGUCCUAGGGCCAGGGGUCACCGAUAAAUCCACUGGUUUCUGUCCUUGGGAAGCUUUGGUUCUAGUGGAAGCAAAAGCCAUAACUAUUAGAGUUUACAUCUAAUAAAAUCUUUUAGAAGAAAGUCUGCUGGAAUCUCUUUUGCUUCGUGUAACUUAAUGUUCUUCAUGUAAUUUACUUAAUGUAACAUUUAGAGACACAUGUAUCACUGUUAUGCCUUUGACCAAAAUAGUACUUUGACAGUGCUUGAUGAGAGACUGGAUAUUUGGUCUAACCUAGAGUGAUGAUGACAACUUCCAUAAGUGUUGUGCUUCAUUCUUUAUUUCAAGGCAAAUAUCACUUUAAGCUUUUUCAUUCUUUCACUGAUUUUAUUAAAUAAAAAUCAGCACUUGUGAUUUUCAAA